AGAUGGCCGGGGAAGGCGGGAGCGGCGGAGUGGCGCGGAGCGGCGGAGGCCGCGGCGUUGUGAUUUCAGACAAUUGGCCUGGAUACAGUCUGGAUUUGUUCACUUAUCCUCAGCACUACUAUGGAGAUCUGGAAUAUGUGCUCAUACCACAUGGCAUUAUUGUUGACAGGACAGAACGAUUGGCCAAAGAUAUUAUGCAAGAUAUUGGAGACAAUGAUAUUGUGGUUCUCUGUGUCCUCAAAGGUGGCUACAAGUUCUGUGCUGACCUUGUGGAGCACAUUAAAAAUCUCAGCAGAAAUUCAGAAAGGUUCAUCUCUAUGAAAGUCGAUUUUGUUAGACUGAAAAGUUACCACAAUGAUCAGUCUAUGCAAGAUAUGCAGAUAAUGGGAGGAGAUGAUCUUUCAAAGCUGACUGGGAAGAAUGUCCUCAUUGUGGAGGAUAUUGUUGGAACUGGAAGGACUAUGAAGGUUCUGCUGAAUAAUAUAGAAAAAUACAAGCCAAAAAUGAUUAAAGUGGCAAGUUUGUUGGUGAAAAGAACAUCUCGGCCUGAUGGGUACAGACCAGAUUAUUAUGGAUUUGAAAUUCCAGAUUUAUUUGUGGUAGGUUACGCCUUAGACUACAACGAGCAUUUCAGAGAUCUAAACCACAUAUGUGUUAUCAAUGAUCAUGGCAAAGCAAAAUACAGAGUCUGAAGCAGUAACAUCCUCGCCUGAAGAUUUGUAAGGUCAGUGAAGCAGCAAUUUGACUACACUCCCUCAAGCAUCUCCCAGAAGAGCACUUCAACUGGCUUGUGUUUCUUUCAACUCAAUAUAAGGGGUUUACUCUAGAGAUACUGAUUAAUAUUUACAGAAGUGAGAGAGCUUUUAUCUAAAAUGUGGAGUAGAGGGCUUUUAAAGCUAUACCUUUUUGAAGUAUUAAAAUCACAACGUAAGUUGCCUUUUGACUCAUAAUUUGUCUGUUUCAAGUCUCACUGUGAAAGCAUCUUUUCUUUGCUCAGUCCAUCAUUCUAUCAUUGCAAGUCAUGUACCUCACCGUGUUGCAUAAGAUCAUUCAAAAGUGCCAUACUGUGUUAAGAUUAUUUUACAGAAUUUUACUGACUUCAGCCUCCCUUUAGCUUUAGUCAGAUGUGCUGCUGCCAGAUUGAAACCCUUAUUUUGAUUUAAUUCCACAAUUCAAAAGUUUCAGCUGACACUGUAUGUUAUAUGGUCCAUUUAUGUAUGAGCUGGUCCAUGUCUAGCAGCUCAUUACUGCCUCAUCCUAACAGAAGUUUUAACUCUCAGAAUGUGCUAAAUUAGAGUGCUGGUACAAAAUGAACCUCUGCAAGACACUGUUGAUCUGAAACUGGAAGAUGCCAUGGCGUUGGUAUAUGGCAUAGCCAGGGAUGUAACCUGUUGAAUGUGUUGAAUUUUAAUCAAGACAAAACAAUGCCAGGCAUUGUUUCUGCAGGACACAAACGAGUGAGAAAAAUAACAUAGUGUUCUCCUGUGAGUAUAUUCUUAAUUAAACCUCAUUAAGCACAAAGGUUUAAUGCCAGUCAGAUAAUUACUCACUUAUGAUUUGAUUUUUGUAGCAUGUACAAGUUGAGAUUUUUUGUAACCAGAUUUGACAGUGUUGGAGAAGACAAAAAAGAAAAAAACUGAUAGGAAAACAUAGAAAAGCAGUUAAUGCAGGAAUACUGUAGACUCUAGAGGUUAUUUCCUUCCCUUGUACAUAGUGUUUGAAGUACUUUAUUAAUUUACAUGCUGUAUUAAGGGUGAAAAGAUUAAUUCCAUACUGUAUGUAGUUGUUGCCAUCAACUUUCCAAGGGAAGCCAAUACAAAGUAAGUAGGUGUACAUCAGUGGCUCUGAACUAUAAGAUGUCAAUUGUUGUAAGAGGCUUCAGGUUCCUUUAAACUAAUAAAAUAACAUUAAGAACA